UUAACCGCCCCUUGAGCUGGCUCUUCGCUCAGCUCUAGUUUCUCCGCUGCAACGGGACAUUUCACACAGCUGGAUCCGUCCCAGCUCCUGUAAGAUGAUGACGUGACCUCGGAGCUGCAGGGUCGAAGCUCUCUCAGCUGUCAGAGAUGGAGGACCUGUGGUCUGUGGCUGUAGGAGUCUUCCAGGCGUGGAUGUUCACGGUGCUCUUCCUCAUCAUGCUGCCUGCCAUGUUCGGCCUCUCUCUGGGGGUCACCGGGGUCUACAUCCAGGUCCUGGUCAAAAUCCUGGAGUGGGCCACAAUACGGAUCCAGAGAGGACGACAGGAGCAGCCCAGCGUGCCUGUACCUCUACCCAAUGGGAUCAUUGAGCGUGCGGCGGGCUCGAUGGAGGAGGAGCUGGAGCAGCUGAGGAGGUCCCGGUCUCUGGACGGGGGCGAGUUCGCUCUGAGUGACGUCUUCUACUUCUACAAGAAAGGCUUGGAGAGCAUCGUGGACGACCAGGUGACGCAGCGCUUCUCCUCCGAGGAGCUGGCCUCCUGGAACCUCCUCACCAGAACCAACCAGAACUUCCGCUACAUCAGCCUCCGCCUCACCGUCAUAUGGGGGCUCGGCGUCUUCGUGCGAUACGGGGUCCUCUUCCCCCUCAGGAUAACGCUGGCCAUCAUCGGCCUCUCGUGGCUCGUGAUGGGAACGACCCUGGUUGGCUUUCUGCCGGAGGGCAGUGUGAAGAACUGGCUGAGCGAGCUCGUCCACCUGACCUGUUACAGGAUCUGCGCCAGAGGACUGUCGGCGACCAUCACCUAUCACAACAAACAGAACAAACCUCAGAAAGGAGGAAUCUGCGUCGCUAAUCACACCACGCCCAUCGACGUGGUCAUCCUGGCCAACGACGGCUGCUACGCCAUGGUGGGUCAGGUCCACAGUGGUCUGUUGGGGGUCAUUCAGAGGUCGAUGUCGAGGUCGUGUCCUCAUGUUUGGUUCGAGAGGUCGGAGAUGAGGGAUCGCCACGCCGUGACCAGCAGACUGAGAGGUCAUGUCGCAGCGAGGACCAAACUUCCCAUCCUGAUAUUUCCUGAAGGAACCUGCAUCAACAACACGUCUGUGAUGAUGUUCAAGAAGGGAAGCUUCGAGAUUGGAGGGACGAUUUACCCGGUUGCCAUCAAGUACGACCCUCAGUUCGGUGAUGCGUUUUGGAACAGCAGUAAAUUCAACAUGGUCAGUUACCUGCUCCGCAUGAUGACCAGCUGGGCCAUCGUGGUCAACGUGUGGUACCUCCCCCCCAUGACCAUACAGGACGGUGAGGAUGCAGCUCAGUUUGCAAACAGAGUGAAAUCUGCCAUUGCUGAUCAGGGAGGACUGCUGGACCUGGCGUGGGAUGGAGGUCUGAAGAGAGGUAAGGUGAAGGACUCGUUCAAAGAGGAGCAGCAGAAGAUGUACAGCAGCAUCAUCGUGGGACAGAGCGGAGCCCAGAGAGUGGAGGAGGCGGAGUCACAUGAAAAAUGUCCUGCAGCGCGGUACAUGAAGGUGUGAAAUUGCAGACUCCUCUUUGCCCCCCCCCGGCCUCGAGCCUCAGAAGGUCACCUCCUAUCUAUUGCUGCAACUUUUCCAAUUUCUCCGGGCUUGUUGUAUGAAGACAGACGGCGCCGUGUGGGGAACGUACAUAAAGCUGCGGCGGGGAGGCGACACAAAGGAAAACACGGAGGAAUCUUCUCUCCGUCAUGCAAUCGGGUCCCGUCAACGCCUCCUGAUUCAACUUCAUCAAAGCAAUAAUCAAAUAAACGCUGUGCUUCAUUAAUAAGAAAUUAUCUCAGCAUGAAGAUUAAUUACAUUAAACUUAUGAGAGUGUGUUUUUUUUUUGUACGACUCUGAGGUGGGAGAUGAUGGAUGAUGAGAGCGGCGUGAUGAAUGGAGAAAGCGGUGGAACUAAAUUGAAAGUGUACUCAUCCGUCCUGCGCGCACGACUAAUGACAAAUUGAGCGUGUCACGUUCAACAAUGCACGCCGGAGCGACUGAAGGCAGCCCACAGGAAGCCGCUGCUGACGCGAAACCACGCAGGAUUCAUCCCCAAAACAUCAACACAGCAUCUUCAUUUCCUCCGUUUGUAACGUCCACUCAGGUGGCGUGUGCUCACUGAAACACGGGGAGGAGUAACGCCGUCUACCCGUUUUUAAAGGACUCAUGAAUAUGCACGACGCUGUUUGAUAAAAAUAAUGGAUGCAUUCAUGUUUCAGCCUAAAGGUGGAGCUCAUUUUAAUUACUUUAAAGCGUGUACAUGCUCACUUAUCUUAUCUGAAUCUGGAACCAUCUUUAAUAAAACAUAAUCC